AUGAGUCGCACAAAUCCUUUUCCAGCCGACUUGAUUGAUGAAGUCAACAGAGCACAUUAUGAGGCUUCGCGUGAGGACUUUGCUCGGCAAGCUACACAAUCUUAUGUCUUUGUCGUUGCCCAUGAAAAAGUGACGCGCCUGGACGAAUCAGAGUUCAUUAUCGAGGGUGUCUUCGACGCUCUUGACUCUGCCAAUAACAAAACGAUGGAAAUAUUCAGCGAAUACUAUCCUAAUUACGAGCCGGCAAGCUUCUAUGCCAAAGGCACCUGGCAACUUAUUGGAGAGAACUCGGUGGGCUGGUAUCUGUCUAGGAGUGGGACAUUGUCCUUAGAAGUCCAUGACCUUGAGGGAAACACUUGCCGAAUUUAUGCAGAAAGGCAUGAGAUUGAGUAG